UCACGCAGCUGCGAUUGACAUACCAAUAUACACAAUGGUCAAUUCAGUCAUCCAUGACCAGCUCAACACCAGUGUUCUGGUGUGGAGUUCGGCAUAAGGCAUUUCAACGGUCAGAUAUGGCUGGACGUAAUGAGCUAGCUCCAAAAGUUUGGAGACGUUCAUUUUUCUUCUUCAAAACAGGAAGUAUCUGAAAGAGGAAGUCCACAGAGGAGAGCUGCCGGUCUCACUGGGCUGGCGUGCGCGUAGCACCUUCGAAGAGGCUCUUCGCAGCCAGUACAACUAGCAGCAACUAUAUAAGGCAGCACCAACGGAUCCUGAUCUAUCACGUUCGACAAGCUCAUCUACCAAUCCAGCAAACUAAAACCCACUUCCCCAAAAUGGCGUCCCAGCUUGUCGAGAGCCACCGCGCUGGUGCCGAGGUCCACAAGGGGAACGAUAUCUGCAAGAAGAAGACGGUCGAGCUUCUCGAAGAGCUCGGCCUCCCGAAAGGCCUCUUUCCUAUGGAUGACAUCGAGGAGGUCGGGCACAACUGUGAGAGUGGGUUCGUGUGGAUACUUCAGAAGAAGAAGAAAGAGCACACGUUCAACAAGCUCAACCAGACCGUCUCCUACGACACUGAGGUGACCGCUUUUGUGGAAAAGGGCAAGAUGAAGAAGGUCACCGGGGUCAAGAUCGAGGACCUGUCUUUGGUCGAGGUCUAUGUGGAUGAGUCUUCUGCUGAUAAGGUUACCAUCAAGACCGACACCGGUCUGUCUGACACCCAUGAUGCGGCCGUGUUCGCUCUCGGAGAAUAGGGAGCUACUAGUUAAAAAGGCGAGAAGAAUAAAGUCAGUGAAUGGUUCGGCACUAUGGUUCACAUGUUAUGCAGAAGUAUAUCUUUCCGUUUUCUAUGUAAUCUAAUAAAAGGCUGCUGCACGAAUGUUGCUUCCUUUCAGCCCAUAGUGUUCACCAAAUGAAUGAAUAACACUUAUACCCCCACCUAUAUCCCACAUCGACCACUCUCAACUUCCCACUGUUGAUCUAUCUUUGUGUGUGAGAGAGAAUAAGGGCCUUAAUUAAGCAAAGGCUGUAAAAUACUUCCUCCAUCCCAUAAUAUAAGAUCAUUUUCCAAGCUGUUUUAGCUUGUAAAACGAUCUUCUAUUGUGGGAUGGAGGGAGUACAACAUUAACUAUGACAUGCACAAAAGAAUUCAAAUUUUGAUUCUCGGUAUCUCGAUUUUCAUGUGUUGAUUUUAACAUUUCAUAAUUGUAGAUGUAUGUUGUGUCAGUGUCUCAAACAAACAAGGAGAGCGACAGCGAGGCUGGGAUGGAAACAUUGUGGAAUAAUUCCUGUUUUGCUGAUUUUAUUUUUCUCGCUAAAAUCAGAUAAUCGGAGAUUAUUUCCAGAUUCAAGGUUAAGAUCGAUGUUAAAAACAUUUUUGGUUUUCUUAGGCACCUAUUUUUAUGCGAAAACAACUUCUUGUCUUGAUUUUUUUUUUGUAUUAAAAGAUUGCUGAGAAGAUGCAAAGGAAAGAAAAACGAGUCAAAAGCAGAAACCAGAGCAAACCUCAACUAGCCAAACCCUAAGAGCUACCAAAAGUGAAUGGGAAAACCAACACAGAGGAAAACUCCUACUGCCAUGGUCGAGGCUGCAUGAUCAUCAGAUUAUUUUCUCAUUCUAAGUUCAGCUUGAUGUGAAUUGCUCACGGCACUUUAAAUAUUCCAUCACUACAUCUCUAAAGGCUUGGUUUCAGCCAACAUAAAACACAAAGAACUCACCCUCUACUCAGAUGAGAACGGGAUGCGCUAGAAAUUAGUUAGUUUGAGGCUAAGUUUGUGACUGUUGAACUGCUAAAUUAUCUUACAAUUUGAUCUGGAAAAAAGCUAUAAAAAAGCUAAGUUUGUGAUUGCUAAAAUAUGGAAUAUAUAUUAUUAAUUUGGUGAGAAGAAACGGCUCUGAAAUAUGCAAAAGUAAGUUAUUCCAAGCAGUUAAAUAGGCAAAAAUAAUUUGGUGAAUGGAACUACCAAAAUCUACGGCGACACAAGGCUACUCUGUUCUUUGAUAGCAUUGCAUAAUUUGACGGCUAUUGGAAACGAAUGCAAGAUGCAGGAGAGGAACUUUGGGAGAUGUUGAAUAUACCUGCAUGAUAUAAUCAGGCCUGUUAGACUGCUACAU